GACCGGUGGGGCCGGAGGGGACAAGGCGAGCCGACUCAGGAAGCGAAGGGAGCGUACUGGAGCUAGCCGGCGGCGGCGAUGGCGGCGGCGGCAGUGGAUGGAUUACCCGUCGAGCCGCAGUCGUUGAAGAAGCUCAGCUUGAGGUCGCUGAAGCGCUCGCUGGACCUCUUCGCCCCAGCCCACCCCCUCCUCUUCGCGCCCGACGCCGAGAGCAAGAGGAUUCGCACCGGGUGCAAGGUGAGAGCAGAGUACGGGGCGGUGAAGGAUCUGCCUGCUGAGCAGGGGCGCGGGCAGGGUAAGGUUCCUGCAGCGCCAUCGUCGACGGCGCUGACAUUGCCAGCUAAUUUUCCCCAAAGAUCUUUUGAACUCAUGGAUCCACUCACCUCCUAUAUAUACCGGGACAGGAACAAACUGCAAACAGGCACACAAGACACAAAAGAUGCUCACAGAGAAGGCACUAGUAAUGCCAUUGUCCCCGUGCCACUUAUGCUACCAAAAGCACCUGAGUCUACAAUUCCAGGCAAAAAUACAACUUUGUCAAUUCCUGGACCAUCUGACAGAUUUUCUACAUCUGCACUGAUGGAAAGGAUACCAAGUAGAUGGCCACGACCUGUAUGGCAUGCUCCUUGGAAGAACUAUCGGGUCAUCAGUGGUCACUUGGGUUGGGUGCGCUCUAUAGCCUUUGAUCCAGGCAAUGAGUGGUUCUGUACAGGUUCUGCUGAUAGGACAAUAAAGAUAUGGGAUCUUGCAUCAGGAACAUUGAAGCUUACACUGACUGGACAUAUUGAACAAAUUCGCGGACUUGCUGUCAGCCAAAGGCAUACUUAUUUAUUUUCUGCUGGUGAUGACAAACAAGUAAAAUGUUGGGAUCUUGAACAAAACAAGGUUAUUAGGUCUUACCAUGGGCAUCUGAGUGGUGUUUACUGCCUAGCUCUCCAUCCAACUAUUGAUAUCUUGCUGACGGGUGGUCGAGAUUCAGUUUGCAGGGUGUGGGACAUCCGGACGAAAGCGCACGUUUCUGCCUUAACAGGUCACGAUAACACUGUCUGUUCAGUGUUUGCUCGGCCUACGGAUCCUCAAGUUGUCACUGGCUCACAUGAUUCAACUAUCAAAUUCUGGGAUCUUGUAGCUGGGAGGACUAUGUGCACUCUUACACAUCAUAAGAAGUCUGUUCGGGCUAUGGCACUGCAUCCAAAAGAGAAAACAUUUGCAUCAGCAUCAGCGGACAACAUAAAGAAGUUUAGCUUGCCCAAAGGGGAAUUCCUGCACAACAUGCUGUCCCAGCAGAAAACUAUUAUAAAUUCUAUGGCUGUAAAUGAGGAUGGUGUCAUGGCAACUGGAGGGGAUAAUGGAAGCAUGUGGUUUUGGGACUGGAAGAGUGGCCAUAACUUUCAACAAGAGCAGACUAUAGUCCAGCCUGGAUCAUUGGAAAGUGAAGCAUGUAUAUAUGCCCUUUCUUACGAUGUCAGUGGAUCAAGGCUUGUGACUUGUGAGGCAGAUAAAACUAUAAAGAUGUGGAAAGAGGAUUUAACAGCAACGCCGGAAACCCAUCCCAUCAACUUCAAGCCACCGAAGGACAUUAGGCGAUACUGAAUAUUCCAAGCUGCAAGUUACAUGAUUGUCGAAGGGGUAGUAAAUCUGCCCAACCAGUUAAUUCUUUGAGCCCGAUUAAAAUUUGAGCACAGAUUCCCCUAUGCAACGUUGCUAGGGCUGUAUGCAUGAUGAACUAAACAAUACUGUGACUGUCAAAAUAGAUAUGCAGCAGCUGUCGUAAAUUUUGCUGCUCUGCUUCAUUUUUUUAUUCACGUUGAUCAAACUA